UGGUAUAAAUACAGCGAUCAAUACGAACUUCGCAUUAGAGCCAUCGCAAUUGUGCUGCAAGUAUCUCUUGGAUCCUUGAUCGUCAGUUACGCAGAUAGUCUUUGCUGAAGAUAGUCUCAUUUACAAGUCUCUUCUCAUUUUACAAGUCUCCAGCUUUCGAAAAAUGGAUAAAAAGGCUGCGGAGGACAAUCGCACAAAACAAUGCAAUCCCACCCAUACUCCAACCGGGCCUGGUCAUACGACGGAGUAUAAAGGGACUGGAACAAAAGAAGACUUGGAUAAUCACUCCAAGCAAUUGAAUCCGAAUAAUCCAUUAUAUAAAAAGUAACAUGUAUUCAUGUCUCGUAAAAUUGGCAUUGUAUUUGUAGUAUAUGUACAUGCCCGAACGAUAUAAAAUAUAAAUGACAUGAAAUCUUAA